AUGAUUAGCGAUUGCGACGGUUCAUAUUAUCCGUGGUACGGAUCAAACGAGGAGGUGGUCCAGUUCCGCUGCCCGGAUCUGAAUGGUAAGCGAUGCACCAUCCAAAUGGUUGACAACUUCCACCCGCACGUUACGUGGCGCAACCCUACAAAUCCGAAUCGGCUGCGGCCGAAUCUGACAUAUAUCAUACGCCGCCAAAGCUUCCUUGUGUGGCUUGUGGCCUGGAAGGUGGCCACCAUGAAGUCAUACAUUCUCAAGAAUUUCCACUGGAACAUGAACGUAGAAAUCAGAGUAAAUCCCGACGCGCCCGUCGGCCAUCGAGCACAGUUAGUGAGUUCCCCACUUCUCCGUCAACCUGUUUGCCUUUCGAUGCCCGUGGCUAUUCCGCCUCGCGCCUUGCUACCCCCGAAUGCCAACAGCGCUCAAAGGUUGGUUUGGUAUCCGACUAAAGGAACACCGGUCAUUAUCAUUCCUCCCGCUAUUUACUGA